CGCUCUAGCGUCAGAGCGCCCCGCCCCGCCCCGCCGCCAUGCCCAAGGUGGUGUCGCGCUCCGUCGUCUGCUCCGAUACCCGCGACCGCGAGGAGUAUGAUGAUGGCGAGAAACCGCUGCACGUCUACUACUGCCUGUGUGGGCAGAUGGUGCUGGUGCUGGACUGCCAGCUGGAGAAGCUCCCUAUGCGGCCGCGGGAUCGCGCCCGGGUGAUUGACGCCGCCAAGCACGCGCACAAGUUCUGCAACGCCGAGGAGGAGGAGACGGUCUUCCUGCGAAGACCCGAAGGCAUAGAGCGGCAGUUCCGGAAGAAGUGUGGCAAGUGCGGGCUACUGCUUUUCUACCAGCACCAACAGAAGAACGCUCCGGUGACUUUCAUUGUCGAUGGUGCCGUGGUCAAGUUUGGACAGGGCUUCGGGAAAACCAAUAUAUAUACACAGAAGCAGGAACCUCCCAAAAAGGUGAUGAUGACCAAACGGACCAAAGACAUGGGCAAGUUCAGUUCUGUUACCGUUUCCACAAUUGAUGAAGAGGAAGAGGAGAUUGAAGCAAGGGAGAUUGCGGAUUCCUAUGCACAGAAUGCAAAAGUGAUUGAGAAACAGCUGGAACGCAAGGGAAUGAGCAAAAGAAGGCUACAGGAGUUGGCUGAGUUGGAAGCCAAGAAAGCCAAGAUGAAAGGAACGCUGAUAGAUAACCAGUUCAAAUGAAGCACUCCACAUCUGCUGUGUCUUUGGAGACAAGUGGAAGCUACCAGAAGCUAUUGCAGGUCUGUCAGCAAACGCAACAUUCAAGAGCAGCGUGCUGCAACCAGCUUAGAAGAUGACUACCUCUGUGGUGUAGCUGGUACUCUGCUAUGAAUUUUAAUAAUUGAAAUAGCACUGGAAACUUUGCUGAAACUGAAUCUCUACACAAUGACAAGCUGUUGCAGCCAGAACAUUUACUUUUCAGAAAAUCUUUGCUGGGUGCCUUUCUGAGUUCAGUACACCUUUAGAUAGCUGUCUUUUCAUUUUGAUGGUUUUGACAUGUAUAGGAAACCCAUAAAUCUAUUAGACAGGUCAACUGUAGAGCAAAAUCAUUACAAAAGUAAGCUUUGUUCAUUUGGGUCUUUUAAGAUGUGUCUAGACAUGCAGCAUCCUUAGAGGUGUGCCUUGUCAGCCCAGGCUGAGCCGUUGCUCAGGAGGUUUGGGGAGCCUGAGCAUCAGGCAGGCUGUCACAGGUAGCCAGCAUGUGCAUUGGCCAUUGCUCUGAUUCUUAGCCACUGCUGAAUGUUGGAAAACUGCAGCUGUAUGGAAUUACACUGCCAGCGACAGGAACAUGAAAUCCAGCCCUAUGUUAUACUACUGAAAACAAAUUACACGUCUAAGGAGUAUAAAUAUGUUUCUGGAAAGUACUGAUGUGACUGCUGAUGGUUUAAAGCAGAAUUCACUUACAUUUCUGAACUCACCUGUUCUGUAAAACCAUUGUUGGAGCUGUAGAACAUGAAGAAAACUGUUUUGAAUACAUUGACGCUUUCGGACUUGGACAAAGGCUAUUAAGAAUCAGUGCAUAAAAUCUUUGGGAAAUAAUAUUUUUUUAUCUUACAUGAUGUAAUAACAGUAUUUCCUAGCCCGUGUUGCUGCCACUCGGGAUUAAAUGCCAUUUAAUCUGAACUAAAA